AUGGCUAAUAACGACUUCUGGACUCAAGAAGAAGCUAGAUGUGACUUUGAUGGUCAGUUUGAUGAAGAGUCUUCUCACAGUUCGCCCAGCAUCAAGAUGGCAGUUUGUUUGCCUUCAUGAGUUCGUCACCAAAGCAAAUUGCACUCUGAUCAAAAGCUGGAAGUGUUCUCGAUGAGAGCAUGUGAAAAUGGAAAGAAGAGACUGGGGCUUCAGAUCAAGAAGACUCAGAGUGUGAUUGACAAGUCUGAGCCUUAUUCUCAAGUUCAUGAUCUUAAAAAAUACAAACACAUGAGUCCCAAAGCUUUAUGGGGUAACCAAGAAGAGGUAUCAACAGUAGAGGCAAGACAUAAGAAUCUUGAAAAAGCAUUAAAAAUUAGUGUGAGAGCAACUAUAAAAAAAGACAUUCAAAAGCGUGUAAAUUUGGACGGAGGAAAUAAAGAUAGAACCAAUUUCAAAGAUUUCUGCCAAAAACAUAAGGAUACUCUCUAUAAAACUAGUAAAGAAGAAAUUAAACAGGUAGGAAGGCAGGAUCAUGAGAAAGAGAAAAAGAAGAACUCAGGGCAGUCCAUCAAGCAGCUUUUAGGCACUCUUGUCAAGCGCAGAAGAAUGAGUUCCAUUGGAGAAUUUAAAGCAAAUAUAAACAGAAGUAACUCGGCUUUACGCAAACAAAAGAGGAGGUCAGAUGAUGGAUACUCUAUGAACCCUUUCCAAACUAGUCUGAGCCCUGUCAAGGUGAAGGAUAGGUCAGCCACACUGAAGGAGGAAUGAGUACUUGUAACAAUGAACGACAUUGAGGCGAUAGAGUAAACUUAAGAGUCAAUUCCACAAGUAUGGACUUGGAUGCUAAUUAAUUUUGUCAUUAUUAAAAUCUCUUCUAUUAAUACUUUCUUG